UAAGUUACUUCCUGUUAAGACAAGCUGGGUUCUACCACUUUCGAUUAGACGCUGCGCAUUUACAAGUUGUUGGCGGCGUUAGGUGCUCCGUUACAAUACUUAUUAUUAUGCUGGUAAACUUUGCGAAGCAUGUGUUCAUGAGAUAAUGUCGGGAUCAGGAGAUAUGAACAGCGACACCAGCAGCCCUGGAAGAGGACGCGGACGGGGAAGAGGAUUUCAGAAACGCGUGCAACAAACAAAUCCGCCCUCGCCUGGUACUGGCGGUAGCGGCGCCACAAACCUAGCAGACAAAAAGGGUCUCCGUCGACCCCUUCCAGAAACUGAAGCACAGCUUUUAGCAGGAGAUUCUCUGAAACCUCACGUGACAGCUUCCCCUGCCCCAGAGGAAGACAAGAUUCAGACAAAGCCUUCAUCACAGUUUUCUGCAAUUGUGUCAAAUUCAACACUGUCUGUCAAUGCUCCAGAGUUUGUGCCAAGAAACUGGGUUGCUGAACAGGAAUAUAUUUACCCAGAUGUAGAUGUGAUAGACCAAGUUAGAGAGACAAUAUUUGCCUUGACCUUGAGGCCUGGUAGCUUUGACGACCUGAUGAAGUCAAUAACUGAGACAAUCAAUUCAUGGGUCACUGAUGAAAGCACAAUUAUUGAAAUUAUUAACAUAAUAUUUGAACAGGCUGUUACAGAACCCAAUUUCCGCUACACAGGAGCCAGGCUAUGUGGUCAUUUUAGUGAACAUUUAAGAUUAAAAGGAGAAACAGGAAAUUUUAGACAGCACAUGAUGAAGAGGUGUCAUCAAGAACACUUAAAAAGGGAAGAGCUUGUGAAAGAUAGCAAUCAAGUUAGUAGAUUACAUGGAUUUGCCAUGUUUAUGGGGGAACUCUUUCUACAUAUGAAGAUUAAAGUUGGAAAUUCAUGGCAAAGAAUAAAUAUAUUAGGUACAGGAUUAAAAGAUGUUGCUGUGACUUUGUUGUCUCAUCCAACAGACAGUAAUCUCAAAUGUGUAGGACAGCUUCUCAAAUUUGCAGGAGCAGUAUUAGAAGAUGAAGAGAGAGUAAUGGUCAAUAAGCCCUCUGGCAAAUCCAUGGAUGAUAUCUUCCAGCUGAUCAAAAAAUGUACAGUUGAAGACAGUGUCAGCAAGCAUAUCAAGCAGAUGAUGCUUGGCGUGAUUGAGCUUCGUGCAAGUGACUGGGGUCGUGCAGAGUCUUCUCCUGUUGUAAAGAGUGAUGCACAUAAUGCAUUCACAUUUAACCAAGAUGAUCCGUUUACACAGAGGAGAAGUCAAUUAAAGCCUGAACCUGUCUUUUAUGAUUCACGAGGACAGCAAAUUACCAGAGUUCAAGCUGGUUUUCAAGAAGAAUACCCAGAAGUUUACUCACAGUCAGAUGUUGAUGAAUAUGUGAAGUGGGCAGACCCAGAGCAGUAUGAUGGAUAUGAUGAGUAUGGCUAUGAUUUUGAUCAGGGUGGCAUGGAUGAUGAAAUGGCAGCUGCAUAUGAUCAGUUUGUGACAGAAAAUGAAAGCUUCUCAAUAGGACACUGGAAUCCCACCUAAUUUUUCUGUUGUAAACUCAUUAAAAUGGUUUUAUAUAAAAUGGUUCGAUUAAAAGUGGCAAGGAACAUUCUACUGUAUUGACUUUGUACAUCGUCUUUUGUUUCCACCGUUAUGAACCUCUAAUCAUUUUUAUGGGAAGUUUGAAGGAUAGUUCAAAUUGAUGGGUUUGUAGGUGUGGUUUGAACAAGCGGUCUGAAAUUGUUGUAAACCAGGUAUUGCCAAUAUUCAGUUUUAAGUCCGUCUGUAUUCAGUUAAACUUUUUAAAGACAAUUCCACUCUUUAUAAUUACGGCAUGAAGACAAUGUGAAGAAAAAAUACAAUGUAUAUAACAUUGCUCGAUUGAAUUCUUGUUGUGGCAUAUUUGGAAGCUUAAUGAAGAUGAUAGGUAGAUGGCCAUAGCAUAAAUUUUCAUGCUCAUUUUUAUUUAUAUAUGAAUUAGCUUAAUGUGUGAUGUAAAUAUUAUAGAAUAAAAACAUUUAACUUGUUGCAUUGCACUUGCUAGAGUACUAUCAUGUCAUCUGUUUUGUUAAACCUUCAGCCUGCAUAUCAUCCAUGGAAUUAUACAUUAUUUGUAAAAGAAACAAUUAUUUACAGCUUCUACAUUUUAUUGCAUGUUCCACUGAAAAAUUCUCUUGUCCAUAUUGGAAUCUACUAAGUUUUUCAGAUGCAAAAUUUUUACUCUCUCCAGUCCUGUACUCAACCAAUUGAACAGAAAUUGUACAUUACUACAAUAUUAACUGAAUUAUAAUCCAUGGAAUUUUGAGCAAAAAGUGCAAUUUUCUCUUAAUUCAAUUUUCUUAUUCUUACAUGGUCACUCUACAAAGUAACUUGCCAUGCACAAAGAGCAGAGGUAAAAAUGAAUUUAGUUGAGAGAAUGGACAGAAAAAUUAAUCCAAGGAGUCACUUUUCACAAUCUUAGUUGGUUAUACAUGCUACAAUUUCAGACCAAAUUUGACCAGAAAAAGGAAUACUUUCACCUUAUCCUGCUAACAAUCUCAUCAGGAAUUUUUAUUUUCAUUAUACUAGACACAGCUACUUGUUGGUACAUUUACAUGAUGUGCAAAGAAAUAAGCAUAUAUGCACUAAAGUACUUCUAUGAGGCUAACAAGAUAUCCACUUUGUAACACAAAUUGAGGAUAGUAUAUGAAAGUUAGAUGAAAUGGAGUACACAAUAACACCCUGUAAACAGCAUUUUAUCCCAUUUUCUAGUGAUACAAACAUCCAAUUAAUGUUUGUUACAAUAUUUAUAGUACAUUUAAUAAAAAAAAAA